CCGAACGCUGUCGAAGAAGAGAAGUGGGGCCAGUGAACGAACACACGCCAAGACAAGUCAUCGUCUUUAUGGAAGAUCGAGUCGUUCAAGCCAAGAUUCCUCCAGACCUGGAGAAGCUUCUGGGUGUUGAGUCUCAGAGCCGGUCCAAGGCUCAGGCCUUCACUCAGGCCUUCCUGAAGAGCAGCCUCCAGGAGAACUCCCGCGUGGACCCGAGCACCCUGCUGAAGCACAAGGCCGUCACUCUGGAGUACAACCGGCCCAAGAGGGAGAAGAGGAAGAACAGGAAGUCAAAGGGGCUGACUGCCCGGCAGAAGAGAGAGAUGAAGAUCUUUCAGAUCAAGGAGGAGCAUCAGAGAUAUGAGCUGUUCCUGCCGCUGCAUGACCUCUGGAGGCAGUACAUCAUUGACCUGUGUGGAGGACUCAAGCCCACCAGUAAUCCACAGCUGGUGCAGCAGAAGCUGGUGAAGGCUGAUUUCCAUGGUGCCAUCAUCACAGUGAUCCGGUCUAAAUGUGCUUCGUAUGUGGGAACGACUGGAAUUCUCCUACAGGAAUUCAAACACGUCUUCAAACUCAUCACCAAAGAGGACAAACUGAAAGUCAUCCCCAAGAGGAACAGCGUGUUUGCUGUGGAGGUCAACGGCUUCGUCUCUCACAUCUACGGCAGCAGGUUUGAACAGCGCUCCAGUGAACGUUCAGCCAAGAAGUUCAAGACAAAGGGAAUCAUCGACCUGUGAGGCCUUCAGCAUGUGUGGCCCUCGUGUCACAUGUCAUGUACAGAUCAUUUGUAAAAAUACUCCUUUUUCAUAUUUUAAAUAAAGUUGUUUCAUUUUGCUUUAGUCAGAGUUGCAGCUUUGUGCUUCUGCGUUCGCUCUUGUGUAAUAAAUUAUAUUUG